GGGGGAGGGCGCAGCGAGGUCGGAGACAUCGGUCGGUGCCCGCUUCAGGAGCAGUCGGCAGCGAGCGGCGGUGACAGCAGCAUCAGCAUCAGGGGAAGCCGGCCAUGGAGUGAGGCUGCUUCCCAGCCACGCUGCAGGGCAAUAUUCUGACCAAGACAGCACAAGAUAAAUCCAGCCUCUCUGUUGAAAGUUCCACAAAAACAAGAUGGCCGGUUCCUCUGUGAAGGUAGCGGUGAGAGUGCGGCCUUUCAACUCCAGAGAGAUCAGCCGAGAAAGCAAAUGUAUUAUUCAGAUGUCAGGAAACACAACAACUAUUGUUAACCCGAAGCAACCCAAGGAGGCCCCCAAGAGUUUCAACUUCGACUACUCCUACUGGUCCCACACCACGCCUGCUGAUAUCAACUAUGCAUCGCAGCAGCAGGUAUACCGUGACAUUGGCGAGGAGAUGCUGCAGCACGCCUUCGAGGGCUACAAUGUCUGCAUCUUCGCCUAUGGACAGACUGGUGCGGGCAAGUCCUAUACCAUGAUGGGCAAACAGGAGAAGGAACAGCAAGGAAUCAUCCCCCAGUUGUGUGAAGACCUCUUUGCCAGAAUUAAUGACAGUGCAAAUGCGAACCUUUCCUACUCUGUGGAAGUCAGUUAUAUGGAGAUUUACUGUGAGCGUGUGCGAGACUUACUGAACCCUAAAACCAAAGGAAACCUUCGCGUUCGAGAGCAUCCAAUUCUAGGCCCUUAUGUGGAGGAUCUUUCUAAACUUGCUGUGACCUCCUACAAUGACAUCUCAGACCUCAUGGACUCAGGCAACAAAGCCAGGACUGUGGCUGCCACAAACAUGAAUGAGACCAGCAGCCGAUCUCACGCUGUGUUCAAUAUCAUCUUCACGCAGAAAACACAUGACUCCAGUGUAGACUCCACCUCUGAGAAGGUGAGUAAAAUCAGUUUGGUUGAUCUUGCUGGAAGUGAACGGGCAGAUUCCACAGGAGCAAAGGGAACACGGUUAAAGGAAGGAGCAAAUAUCAAUAAGUCCUUGACCACUCUCGGCAAAGUCAUCUCAGCAUUGGCAGAGGUGGAUUCUGGAUCAAACAAGAACAAGAAAAAGAAGAAAACAGAUUUCAUCCCGUACAGAGACUCUGUGCUGACAUGGCUGUUACGAGAGAACCUUGGGGGCAACUCUCGGACUGCCAUGGUGGCUGCACUUAGCCCUGCGGACAUCAACUAUGACGAGACACUCAGCACCCUUAGAUAUGCAGACCGUGCCAAGCAGAUCCGGUGCAAUGCCGUCAUUAAUGAGGACCCCAACAACAAGCUGAUCCGGGAACUGAAGGAUGAGGUUUCCAGGCUGAGGGAUCUCCUGUGCACUCAGGGAUUGGGCGACAUUAUCGAUCUGACUCCGGUGUCCGAUGACAAAAGAAGUGGAAGAAAAUAUGUGAAGGAUUUAGAGAAUAAUAACCGUAACUGCAGAAUAGCAGCUGUCAAUCAACGAGCUGACAAUUUCUCCACAGUGUCCGGAAUGGUGGCUGGAGUGAGUCCCUCGCCAUCCCUGUCUGCUUUAUCCAGUCGCGCUGGCUCCGUGUCCAGCCUACAUGACCGGCUCAUGAUUGCCCCUGGCAGUGAGGAAGCCAUUGAACGGCUCAAGGAGACAGAGAAAAUAAUCGCUGAACUGAAUGAAACAUGGGAGGAGAAACUGCGCCGAACAGAAGCUAUAAGAAUGGAAAGAGAGGCAUUGCUUGCAGAGAUGGGAGUGGCCAUGCGUGAAGAUGGUGGUACCUUGGGCGUUUUCUCUCCUAAGAAGACUCCUCAUCUGGUGAACUUGAACGAAGAUCCUCUGAUGUCUGAGUGCCUUCUGUACUAUAUCAAAGAUGGGAUCACAAGAGUUGGGCGUGAAGAUGCAGAACGCCGGCAGGAUAUUGUACUAAGUGGACAUUUCAUCAAAGAAGAGCAUUGCAUCUUCCGCAGUGAUGUCAAGUCAUCAGGUGAAGUGAUUGUCAUUCUUGAACCAUGUGAAGGAGCAGACACAUACCUCAAUGGAAAGCAAGUGACUGAACCGACUGUUCUUAGAUCAGGAAACCGUAUUAUCAUGGGGAAGAGCCACGUUUUCCGUUUCAAUCACCCUGAACAAGCACGCCAAGAGCGCGACAAGACGCCUUGUGCAGAAACACCAGUUGAACCUGUGGACUGGGCUUUUGCCCAGCGAGAAUUGCUGGAGAAGCAGGGCAUUGACAUGAAGCAGGAGAUGGAACAAAGGCUUCAAGAACUAGAGACCCAGUACCGGAGAGAAAAGGAGGAAGCUGAUUUACUGUUGGAACAACAGCGGCUGGACUAUGAAAGCAGACUAGAAGCUUUACAAAAGCAGAUGGAUUCCUGUUUUUACCAAGACAAUGCACAGGAAGAUGAAGAACCAGAGGAGGAAGUGCAAUGGACAGAACGGGAGUUUGAGCUGGCACUGUGGGCAUUCCGUAAGUGGAAGUGCUACCAGUUUACCUCGUUGCGGGACCUGCUUUGGGGCAAUGCCAUCUUCCUGAAGGAGGCCAAUGCUAUCAGCGUCGAGCUGAAGAAAAAGGUGCAGUUCCAAUUCGUGCUCCUCACGGACACACUAUACUCCCCCCUGCCUCCUGACCUCAUGCCCCCAGAUGCAGUUAAGGACAGAGAGAAGCGUCCAUUUCCACGCACUAUUGUGGCCGUGGAAGUCCAAGACCAGAAGAAUGGAGCCACACACUACUGGACCCUGGAGAAGCUCAGGCAGAGACUGGAUCUAAUGCGUGAGAUGUAUGACCGUGCUGCAGAAGUGCCUUCCAGUGUGGUUGAUGACUGUGACAACGUUAUGACGGGUGGGGAUCCAUUUUAUGAUCGUUUCCCAUGGUUCCGGUUGGUCGGAAGUUCCCCUGUCUCUGGCUGUACUAGUACUCCCAUUUUCAACACUUGCAUGACUGAGCGCAUGGCUGAUCUCACCCCCUCCCCCACCUUCUCGAACCCUGACUCUGACAUCACUGAGCUCGCAGACGAGCAGCAUGAUGGAAAGGAGGAGGAGGAGGAGGAUGAGGAGGAGCUGGACGAUGAAACCUUUCUGGAUGAUCCCUUUUCUGACCUGGGGGGAGACGAAGGGUACCAGUUCCACCAUGAUGGCCAGGACCCGUUUUACGACCGUUCACCCUGGUUCAGUUUAGUGGGAAGAGCAUUCGUUUAUCUCAGUAACCUGUUAUACCCAGUGCCACUAGUGCACCGUGUGGCAAUAGUCAGUGAGAAGGGAGAAGUCAAAGGAUUUCUACGUGUGGCCGUCCAGGCCAUUUCUGCUGAUGAGGAAGCCCCAGACUAUGGUUCUGGGGUUCGACAAUCAGGAACAGCUAAGAUUUCCUUUGAUGACCAGCACUUUGAGAAGUUUCAGUCGGACUGUUGCACGGCUGGAAUGUCACGCUCAGGCACGUCGCAGGAGGAGCUGCGCAUUGUUGAAGGGCAAGGUCAGUCAAGCGAUUCAGGCCCUUCAGCUGAUGAGGUUAACAACAACACCUGCACAGCCACUCAGGAGGAGCUGGACAGUCCAGUGAAGUCACCAGUAGAUGCACAGGUAGAUGGUAUAGUAGAACAUCUCAGGAUUGGCAGCAACUUCACUUUCAGAGUGACUGUCUUACAGGCAUCGAGUAUCUCAGCUGAAUAUGCCGAUAUCUUCUGCCAGUUCAAUUUCAUCCAUCGGCAAGAGGAAGCCUUUUCAACAGAACCAUUAAAAAACACAGGCCGAGGACCCCCACUUGGUUUUUACCACGUGCAGAAUAUUGCAGUGGAGGUGACCAAAUCCUUCAUAGAGUAUAUCAAGACCCAACCUAUUGUCUUUGAGGUAUUUGGACACUACCAACAGCAUCCAUUCCCACCUCUCUGCAAGGACCUCAUCAGCCCCUUAAGACCAUCUCGCCGGCAGUUCCCUCGAGUGAUGCCCUUAUCUAAACCAGUGCCAGCAACCAAGUUAAGCACCAUGAGCCGACCCACGGCAGGGCAGUGUCAGGGCAAGUAUGACCUGCUGGUGUUCUUCGAGAUCUGUGAGCUGGAGGCUACUGGAGAGUACAUUCCCGCUGUAGUCGACCACAGAGGUGGAAUGCCCUGUCAUGGAACUUUCUUACUACACCAGGGAAUCCAGAGGAGGGUAACAGUAACGAUUGUGCAUGAGACCGGAAGUGAUAUACAUUGGAAGGAAGUGCGAGAGUUGGUUGUAGGUCGGAUCCGGAACACCCCAGAGUCAGAUGAUUCUGUCAUCGAUCCCAACAUCCUGUCCUUGAAUAUUUUAACGGCAGGCUACACACAUCCAUCCCUGGAGGAUCGGCAAUUUCUUGAUUCGGAUAUGCCUAGCAUAACACACGGAAAUGACAAUAGAACCUUUUACCGAUUUGAAGCAGGCUGGGACAGCUCCAUGCACAACUCCCUGCUCCUCAACAGAGUGACCCCAUAUGGAGAGAAGAUAUACAUGACGUUGUCUGCGUAUUUGGAGAUGGAGAACUGCACACAGCCCACUGUCAUCACCAAGGACUUCUGCAUGGUUUUCUACACCCGUGAUGCCAGGCUACCUGCCUCCCGCUCCAUCCGUAAUCUCUUUGGCAGUGGAACCCUCAAACCUUCAGAAAGUAACCGAGUGACUGGUGUGUAUGAACUAAGCCUGUGCCGGGUGGCAGAUGCUGUGAGCCCAGGCAUGCAGCGAAGACGCAGGCGGGUCCUCGAUACUUCAGUUGCCUACGUCCGUGGUGAAGAGAAUCUAGCUGGCUGGCGACCUCGAAGUGAUAGCCUCAUCCUGGACCACCAAUGGGAAUUGGAGAAACUCAGCCUAUUACAGGAGGUGGAAAAGACAAGACACUAUCUACUAUUGCGUGAGAAGUUGGAGACCAUGUUGAGGUCAGGCUGUGAAUCUGUAUCCUCAUACACCAGUGAAGACCUUAGUGAAUCCCAGAGCAUCUCAUCAUAUAGCUUGCACUCAACAGGAAGCAAUGACAUUCCACCCUCCAGCUAUACCACCACCGAGCGCCAGAAAGAAUUAGCAGCUAAGUGCCUCCGACUCUUGUCCCACACAUUCAACAGGGAAUAUAGCCACGUCUGUAUCAGUGCCAGUGAGAGCAAGGUAUCUGAAGAGUUGGUGUAUUGUCAAAUUAACACAAGCCUUGAUGGACUUUCUGAGAUGUCUGUUACAUUGACGAGGGACACAUCAUUCUCUGCACUGAGCAAUGCCACGCUGCCUCCAUCUUCCACCUGUCCCUCUUUACUGGAAGGGCAAUUUAUCGCAGAGCUGAGGACCCCUGAGAACCAAUCCAGAGCGAUUAGUCCAGAUCCUGAUGCAGUACAGGAUGGAAUACCCAAGAAAUCUCCCGUGCAGGGCAAGGAUGAGAAAGGAGGCCCUCGCAUGUUUGUGGCUGAUAUCCAGGAGAUUCGAGUGAGUCCUAUUGUGUCGAAGAAAGGGACCCUGCAUUUCCUGGAGCCCCAGACCAAUGGCUGGGUGAAGCGCUUUGUGGUUGUGAGGAGGCCGUAUGUGUACAUUUAUAACUCCGAUAAGGACACAGUGGAGAGGGCGAUCCUGAACCUAUCUGCUGCACAGGUGGAGUACAGUGAGGAUCAGCAAGCCAUGCUGAAGACUCCCAACACCUUUGCUGUAUGCACUGAACAUCGUGGGAUACUGCUACAAGCAUGCAAUGAUAAAGAAAUGCAGGACUGGCUUUAUGCCUUCAACCCCCUCCUUGCUGGUUCUAUCAGGUCAAAGCUGUCCAGAAGGAGGAGCAGUCAGAUGCGGAUCUGACAAGGAUCCAAGAACCAGUUAUAGAAUUCCACUUCGGACAUCAGAUUGGACUCCUAUGUACAUAGUCACUUAGCCUUUCCAACAUUGAUGUGAAUGCCCGUCUAAAAUGCCUGCUCUACGUGUAGUAAUUUAUUGAGGAUUAAAAAUUAAUAGUUGUGUGAAAGCAAAAACCGUGUCGCAGGCGCCAGGGUGUGCCAUGUUCCGUGUGCGUGUGAUGCUCUGUGUAUCUUCAGCAAGCGGUUAGACAUCAGUGACGAACGAGCUCCUUAUCGUGGGCACUGGAUGCUGUCUGCUUCUUAUGUUUCCAUUUAGAGGUGGGGGGGGAAUGUGAGGUGUGAAGAAGACAGUGAAGGCAAUCUUUGGCAUCCAAUCUAUUCCCACAGAGAAGAGGCUGAUUGGAAAGUGUUGUCCUCUUCAUGGGUCCACGAGACCUCUGGGAAUAAACAGAGGAGUUGAUGGGCAAGCUGAAGAGGAGCCUUAAAUGAUCUGUAAAGCUCCUUAUUGGUUGGUUCGUCCUCGCCAAAGCCCCGUGUUGAUCUGAAUCUACUUAAAGCUGAAUCGUACCUCACAGAGAGGUCCAUGGACAGUGUGAGGUUUGUGGCCGAGAAGAACUGGCAGGUUAUUUGCUGCAGGGAGGGGAAGAAUGAUCAAUUUGGACAAAUGAAUGCUAAAGGAGAUUUACAAAACUGGAAUUAUGGAGUACUAAAAAGGCGAAUAUUGUAUAUAUUUCACAUGUAGCUCUAUACUGAUAAUGUAUUCUUAAUCGUUAAUAAGAAUUGUUAUCGUUGAAGUUGAAUAGUAUUGUCUGCCCCUCCUCCCCAGCUGCAGAUAUUUAGAUAGCUGUUUGUUGUGUUAGAGUUUUCAUGAACCAGUCAGCACCCACACCAUUGCUGGGUCUGAAGUAUUCAAGCAGAGAAAUUUGACUUUGGUCACCCAAAUGCAAGCAGGAAUACCAACUCCCACAUAGACUCCGCUCCGUUUGGUCCUGAAUAUGGUGGUGUGUAGGGCUGGCAGUGACACACACACACACACACACACACACACACACAUCUAGUGUCACUAUCCUUAAACAAAUUCCUCUCAGUAAAUUAGUGGCUGUCGAAACAAACUGCGCUGAAUUGUUGUCCCUUCUCUGUGGAGGAGAUGCUGACAGCCUAAAGAUGAUACCAGUACAGCCCUCAAUUGUUGACCCUUAAUAGACGAGAUGUAAUGGAGCAGAUUGGGGAUGGGAGGCAGGAAUACAAUGAUUCAGAUAGGGGUUUCUUUUAUGGUUUACAUUGGCUGGUUCUAACUACCAAUGUUACUACCUCGCUGUCCCCACAGGAGUAUGUAUUUUUUGUUUGGGUGUUGCAGGGGCCGGAGAACCUGAAACCAUCUUGAGUAGUUUGCUCCAAUUGACUCAGAUUUAUCAGCAGCACUGGGCAAUCCGAUAUGCAUCUGUUUUCGAGUUAACAAGCAAUGUGUAGAUAGCUACACAUGUAAUCUCCCCCGUGCAACACAGUUUUAUUUACCAAUAGAAUUGAUCACCAGCUGGCAGCUACGUUUCCCAGUGUUAUAAGCAAGUAGAGUAUUCAUGCCAAGUGGGGCAUGGGGCUGUUGAUCAGGAGGGAGCCGCUCCAACGUGCUACUGGAAUUGCAGGGUGGUGAGGAAUGGAAGUGUUGCUUGAAGUAUUGGUCAGUGGAGCCCCAACAAGCACAGUUCUCUGUGAGCUGUCAGAGCACGGUGAUAAACACCCCCACAAGUUCCCCAUGGUGCUUUAUUUAAACCAAAAAUACUAUAACCAACUCCCCCAUCCUCAACAGGUGGGAAAGGAUACACCAUGUGCUCCUCGGGUCACUACAAUACCUUAAGUCUAGCACUAAGUAAAAGUUGUGUGUUAAGGUUGAUGUUUAAUUAAAAGAAAUUACUGCUAUGCAUAUAUUGCACCCUUGAUUUUUAUGUUCUACUGGAUGUUGUAAACAGUGAAAACAAGAUGAACGCAGGCAUAAUGAAUCGCUGCUAAAUAAGACACCUCUAAGUAGUUCCAACUGAAAUGAGAGCUAACUUUGAGGAUAGAGAUUAUAUAUUGGAUUUUAUGGUUGGGUCUUUGGUUAACCCAAAACUCCUGAGAGUUGGAAGUAUCUGCGUCCUGGUCAGUAUCCUUCCAACAUUUUAGAUACCGUGCCUCAGUGGAAGCUUGUCAAACCAAGGAAGCAAUUUACCAUUCAUAACAGAAUUUUCAAUUGCACAUUGGUGUGUGUGCGAGUGUAUCCCGCACCUGUGGUGAACUGCUGCAUCGUCCGUGUCACUUGUCGUUUGCUGCGUGUCAGUUGGGUGAUAUACUGCUUCUCACGUUCAAUGCACAACAACACUGUCCUGCUGCAAUGUAUGUUCACAUUGCCCCGUCACACCCCCUCACCCCAAACAGGCCCUUCCCUACUUCAGUGGUAAUUACUUUCCUCUCUGUGUAUUUAUAUCUGAAGUGUGUUUUCCUGAUGAGUGUAUGCUCAGUCACUUUAACUAUAGAUUCUCAAUUGGGGAAGUCUGAUGUCUGACUCACAUGUCACUGGUGUCAGUAAUGCCUUGUCACGGGUAUGUGCAAACGCACAGCGUUAUCUGAGUUUUCACUUGCAUUCUAACUUUCACCUCUGGCAAUGCAUUACAUCAACAAAGGGGAGUGAACUGGCCUUAUGAAAUCACAGGUAGUGCAACUAAUUUUCCACGCAUGAAGCAUGGAUGAGAAAGGAGUGUGCAUUCUGAUUUUUCCGUAGUGCUGCCAAUGGGCAAUGAUCAAGCAAAUAGUGGGCCUGUUGGUAUGUUUGGAAGUACACACCAAUGCAGAACAAAAUGCUGUGGCUAGAUAGUUUGAAACUUUCUCAACUGGGACAGAUUUCUAAGAGCCAUGAACGCAAGGCAAUUGUAUGAAGCUGAGAUACAGAUCAGCUCAGAUUUAUAAUUGAAUGGUGUGAUAUGAACCAGCUUGCGGUUGGUGACCUGUACCUAUGCCUAUUUUUAUGUUUCUAUAUUCAAAGAGCUGACAUCAACAACUGCAAUUUUCAAUAUCAGUCUAGAAUAAU